AUGCUUGCAAGAAACGCCCUGGCGAAUGCACAGUCCGCAUAUCCGCGCUGUGUACCCCUCACUCGCGCCCUCACCACGACGCCCCUCCUCAGGCGAGUCGACAAAACCAACACACCCUGGGACGCCUCCUCAUCCCAGAGAAAAGGCCCCAACAGCUUUCGCAAUGACGCCAGACCAGGCGACAGGCGGCCCCCUUUUGUGCCCUUCCGCCAACCUGGAAAACCUAUACGGAUGCCGGCCAAGCACUUCAACAUGCCAGGCAUCGGCGACGCCUCUCCACUCACACCCGAGUCGAUCGCUUCCUGGAUCAGGUCAUUUCCCUUGGACCGUCUCGAAUACGAUCGCGAAAAGCUCAACAUGAACACACGAAUGGCCACCCCCAGCACCUACGUCUUAUGGGAUACCAUUCCCGGGAAAGGUAUCAGAGUCGUCUAUGACCAAACCUUGAAUGAAAGACUCUACGCAUCUCUGAAAUCGAAGUUAGAGUCGCUGGAGGGGAAUGUAGUCACUCCUGACAUGGAAGAAGAUCUGAGAGUGGGACGGCGUGAUGCUCGAAGCACCACUGUUCGCUCUGAGCAUGACCUAUGUGAUGUCAUGUUGACAAACUUCUUCAAACGCUGUACCGACGCCAUCAAUGCCGGGCUUCCCGGUCACCUCCAUGGCGAGUGGCAAAGGUGCUCGGACGACAAGAGCGGCAGCUCUGCUUGGGAAUUCCGGCGCGACGAUAAAACCAUUGCUAUCGUCGAGAUCAAGCUGCGCACCGUUCUAACGACAGCUGGCGAAGGCGCGGUGUCUCAGACUGGAAUGGAACUUCGUGAGAGGCCGCAAGGUGAUACAGCUGGGAGGGGAGGGACUCAAAGCGGCGUAAGUCACAGCGACCAGUCCCAGGCCGAUAAGAAUGUGCCUGACGACGAGCAGAAGCCGGAUGAUCUGCCGCCGAAGUUGGAGCAACUGUUGAUGGCGUGUAGGCAGGAGGGGGGCUUGAAGCUCAUUCUGGCUGAUAGGAAAUCAGAAGAUGGUAGAGUCCGGCCCGCCUUGCGCAUUGUGGACCAAGAGGGGAAAAUCGUGAAGAAAAUGACGCACUGGGCAGAUGGAUUAUCCCAGGUUUGGAAAGACCUUGACCACUACGAACUCGACCUCGUCACACUCUCCUCCUACGAAGUUUGGAUCCCCUUCGAGCGCGAUCCCGUCAUCAAGAACCUGCUUCGUGUGGGUGACCCAAUCCAUAGGAAGGAGCCCGGAACUGCGCCUGAGCCCGGCAAGAUGUCGCCUAUGGAGCUUGUGGUGGCUUCCGUGAUUGAGAGGGAACCCGCACCCCCAUUCGACUAUACAUUCUCACCUCUACCUGUCUGGUCUUCGUCCGAAGCUUCGGGGAAUGACUCAACGCAGAAUGACCAGAACGAGAGCGGGGUAGGGGCAUCGGAAUUAAGGGGCACGAAGAGUGGAUACGACAACGUUGGCGCCACUGGCGGCGCUGGAAGUGACGAUGCUAUUGAUAGGGACGCAAACAUCCCAACAGAUCAACUUGCACCCGUCACUCUGCAGGUUUCUGUGCCCAACCAUCGCUCCCGUGACGCUCUUCACUACUUUAAGCAACGCAACUUGGAUAACGGCUACAUGGCCGGUCGCCUUUCCCCCUGCGUCAUUGCAUCCUCGGCCGACGACGACAACAUCCACUCGGGACUGCCUACUUCCGAGCUUAAAGCCCACCUCGCCCUCGGCAGCUAUAUCAGCUCUGGGCGCCUGUGGGACGUCUACCACUCCGUCCUCACCGUCGAAGGCCGUGUGAGCAAGAAGCUCAUCGCCAAGGUCAUGUGCCCUGAUACCUAUGAUGAGGAAUAUGGGGGUCACAAGGAGUUUUUUGAAGGCCCCGAAGAGGCAGUGGCUGCAUAUCGUCUCGAGGCGGCGCUGUACAGUGGCCCUCUCAAAAGCCUACAAGGAGGGGCUGUCCCGGCAAAGUAUGGCUCGUUCAGUGGUGUAAUGCGUAUCGGGCGUAUCCCCUUCCCAUUGCACAUCGAAUUGAUGGAGGAUGUUGGGGGGUCAGUCGCCGGAGAGGAUGAGCUGGAGUAUCUGCCUUUGCAGGAUAGACAGGCUAUCCGAGACCUCUACCAUCAAAUUCAUGCGGUGCGCGUUCUUCACUGUGACGUAGAGGCACGCCACAUACUCCGACGCGCCGACGGCCGCUUUGCCCUCAUCGACUUCGACGCCUCUUUCUUGGUGGGGGACGGGGUCAAGGGCGACCGAGAGCUCGCGUUGGAGGGGCGCGAGGUAGCGGUUAUGCUUGGUUUGAGCGAUCUUGUUGCGCGAAAGGCCGAAUCUCGUGCCGGACGUCGCCACCUUCAGCGGGAGGAGGUCGUAGUCGACCCUGGGGCGGUUGGCCGGGGGAUGCUGGUUGUGUAA